ACGGCAUCAUUGGUAUCACCCUAAAGUUAUCGCUGCACCUCCAUCAUCAACUUCGUCAAACGGCGAGCGACUUCUUUCGCCGUGCCUCUGUUAUCGUGUCCGCAGAAUGAGCUAUUCCAAUUACUUUGGGCCUCUAUCACCGACCACUUCCAGAGGAGAACACUCUGAUGCUGAUUCAGAGGUUCUCGUAAGAAAGCCAAUCCCAUUCAAGCAGCCACCUCCAGAAAUAUUACUUCAAAUACUAGAAUCUACGCUUCCUCCCACAGUCUUUCUGGACGCAUCCCUGAGUGGUGGACCUUUCUCUCCAUGGUGUAUGGCACAGCGAAUCAAGCAAUCUGUAGUUCUUGUCUGCAAGUUUUGGCGGGAGAUCGGCACCGUUUUGCUAUACCGGGAAGUACAUCUUCGCCGUAUCGGACAAAUCGCAGCACUCUGGAGAACUUUGCAAGGCAAUGCGCGAUUUGGCGAGAUGAUUAUGGACAUCAACGUGUCUUGCCUGGUGACACCUCAUUACUUCGUAAUGUUCGAUGAAGCCCUUCGGCGCAUCUUGAAGAUGAGCCCCAAUGCUUCCCGAGUAUAUCUAAAUAUGGAUAUGUCACUCUGCGACGUAUUCAUUUGCUCUCUGCACCGGUAUGACCUCUCAAAAGUAGUCCAUCUCGACAUUGGAGACGAGAUACAUCUUUCGGAUAUUCUUCCAUGCCUUCCACAGUGCAAAAAUCUCACCAUCUUAUCUUUGUCCAUUCAUACCUAUCAACAGGACGACGUCGAAUUUCUUACGCUCGAACGCCUCCAGGAAUUGCAGAUUACCGUGAAGUCGCCCUCCCGCUGCAACUUAAACUUCCUUCAUACAAUGGCUCAGAAAUGGAAAUUGCCUUGCCUUUGUCGUUUCAUGGUUUAUGAACAUCGACCCCGACCACAUCAGGUCCCACAGUACAUCUACUUUUUGGAUGUACAUGGAAAACACUUGACGGCACUUUCCAUCACUGCUCCCUUGGACACCCUCGCCCAUGAUCUGCGUGUGCAACAUGUUCAGAUGGUUCUGGACUGCUGUCCUGCCCUGGAGCACCUUGCAUUAUUUCCGCCUAUGACAGAGACCCCUGGGCCAGGCCCAGCCCAUGAACCUAUUCUGGGCAUGCAACAUAUCCAGAUACUUCUAGACCGCUGUUCCACCCUGGAUGCAUCACUCGCACCACAUGGAAAAACCUUGUUGCACAAGACUUUGCGGUGGAUAGAUAUUUGGGCGACGUGGCACCCCUCUGCCCCUGAUCCAGAUGUCAUACGGGUGUCGUGGAAGUCCCAGUGCUUUCCGCAACUCAAAGCCAUAAGGUUAUUGGAUUGGGCACUGCUCAACACUACAGGACCACGCCUCCACCUCAUCAUCCCCCCCGACUCAGUGCAGCACCAUGAGACCCUGCAGUGGCGUUUUCCAGGAGUCCAUGUACAGUAUGCUGCUGGGCACAUAUACAGGCGGGAUAUGGAUUAUGUCUCAUCUUUCCUCGCUGCUUGUGGUGGUCAUGAAUCACUCCGAAGCAUAGGCGGCGGCCUUGAUUCGAUAUCAGAAGACUCUGAUCUCGACAGUGAUGACAAGACUUUUAGGAGUGUUUCCUCGGCAUCAUAUUCAGCAUAUGAUAGCGAAGAGGGAGAUUUGGAAACGCGUGAGUAUGAUUUCCCGUUUGUUCAUGAUCGCGAGAGUGUUUCCGAGCCCGAGACGACCGUAGAUUUUGAGAUGUUACUGCAGAUCUACCGGGACACUUUGAACACAGAAUGUGAUUUAUGAGUCCCAAGCACUUCACGUCUUGUAACGGACA